GGCAGUGGUCCCCGGGUUGUUUCACUUGCGUCUAUCUUCGGCGAGCAUGAUGGAGCCGGCCUCGGAACCGCCGGCGACGGCCGACCGGACCUCGACGACGUCGGCGCCGGGCGAAGAUGGCAUGUACGUCACGCGGAAGCGGUCGGCCUUCUCCAAGUGGCUGCACGGCAAGGGUAUCUCGUCGUCGGCCAAGCACCCGGCGCCCGUCUUCCGGUCGGCCGACGUCAUCCAGGAAGGCUACAUGCUCAAGCAAGGGACGCGCUUCCGCAUGUGGACGAAGCGGUACUUUAUCUUGCGUCUCGAAGAGAAGCACAUGACGCUCGGCUAUUACACGUCCAAGGAAGAGCUCAUCUUGUGCUCCGAGACGCCGAUCGGACCGGGCCAUGCGCUGCUCGAUCUGACCAAGGAAGGUCGAUUCCGCUUGGAGCUGCGGAGCGGGACGCGCUCGAUGGUGGUCGAGAUCGAGCUCGAGGCCGACUAUGUCAAGUGGAAGAACGCGCUCCAGGAAGCGGUCCGAUGGCACCAGACCAUGGUCUUUGACGGCGCCAACAAGGUCACGUCGUAUGGCAAAAAGUGCAUCGACGACGAAGCCGCGGAGGCCGAAGCGCGCCUUGCAGCCGCCAAGAAGCAGCGCGAGACGGCCGCCAAGAAGGUCGAGGACGCGGCGACGGCCAACGCCAACAAGCCCAAGUUCCUCCCCUCGACGCGCAAGGGCCAUCAGUGCUUUACAGUCUCCAACACGAAAUUCGAGAUCCCGCUCAGAUACACGUACGCCAAGACGAUUGGGUCGGGCGCCUACGGCGUCGUGAUUGCAGCCGAAGCGGACGGGGCGCCGCCGUCCGACGCCGAAGGCGCGUCGAACCUCGUCGCGAUCAAGAACAUUCAACGCGCGUUCGACGACCUCACGGACGCCAAGCGCAUCGUGCGCGAGAUCAAGCUCAUGCGCCAUUUGCAGCACAAGUCGCUGCUUGGGAUCAAUGACAUUCUCGAGCCCGUGAGCUUGGACGCGUUCGAAGACGUCUACAUUGUCUCGGAGUGCAUGGCCACCGACCUCCACCGCGUCAUCUACUCGCGCCACGCGCUCUCGGACGAGCACAUUUGCUUUUUUUUGUACCAGAUGCUGGCUGCGCUCAAGUACGUUCACUCAGCCAACGUGAUUCAUCGCGAUCUCAAGCCGAGCAACAUUCUGGUCAAUGCAAACUGCGAGCUCAAGAUUUGCGACUUUGGCCUCGCGCGCGGCGUCCAAGAAGACUUGGAGCUCACGGAAUAUGUCGUGACGCGCUGGUACCGCGCGCCCGAGAUCAUGCUCGGCUGCAUCAAGUACACGCACCACGUCGACGUGUGGAGUCUCGGCUGCAUCUUUGCCGAGAUGCUGAGCCGCAAGCCGCUCUUUCCUGGCCAAGACUACAUUGACCAAUUGCAUUUGAUCAUGAACGCGCUCGGUGUGCCGACCGACGACGAGCUCUACUUUGUCACCAACAUGCGCGCCCGCAAGUUUAUGAACACCGAGUACCACACGCGGGGCCGGGAACCGCUCAAGCCAUUGAAAGCGCUAUUUGCCGACAUUGCCCCGGACGCCCUCGACUUGCUCGAGAAGAUGCUCGUGCUCGACCCAAACAAGCGCAUCCGCGUCGACGAUGCGCUCGCACACCCGUACUUUGCGUCGAUUCGUCAAGUUGAGGACGAGACGGUCGCGCCGUCCGUGUUUGACUUUGACUUUGAGAAGGAAGACCUCAACAAGCGGAGGCUGCAGGAGCUCAUUUGGGCCGAGAUGCGCCAUUUUCAUCCGGCGCCGCCAGGUGUCGACGAACCGUUCCUCCACAAGACCAACAAGGACGACGAGAAGGCGGCCAUGUAGCCGCCAUUUCAAACAUUGGUGUAACACUACGCGUAUACAAGGCUUUAUUUCCGUCUUCGGAGUGUUUUCGUUGGCGCGAAGUCGAGAUUUGAGAAUUCGGACGCGAAGACU